AUGACGUUCAUGAUUUUACUUGCGCUCUCUAUGGCGGCGGCCGUAGUGACAACGACGACGGCGACGGCCGCAAUGACAACGACAGCGGCGGCGGCCGCAAGUUUUAGCAUCGAGCUUAUACAUCGCGACUCUCCUAAAUCACCGUUCUACAAUCACUCUGCCACGUCAUUAGAUCGCGCACGUGCAUCAAUCUAUCGAUCUGCCCUCCAAGCCAGCCGGAUUGCUGCACGUGUGCAAAGAAAAGGCGGCAUCGAGUCGUUCGAUGCGGUCUCCAGGGUGGUCCCCGACUCGUUUGAGUAUCUGAUGGAGCUUCGUGUCGGCACGCCGCCGUUCUCCAUCCUGGCCAUCGCCGACACCGGCAGCGACCUCAUCUGGGCCAACUGCGUCCCCUGCACAAAGUGCUACAAGCAGACGGCGCCGUACUUCGAUCCAGGCAAAUCCUCCUCCUACCGGACGCUCCCCUGCCAGUCCAACCUUUGCAAGGUCCUCUCCAGCAGCCCUUGCGCCGGCGGCAGCUCCUGCGAAUACCACUAUGAAUACGACGACGGGUCGAAGGUCGACGGCGUCCUCGGCACCGAGGACCUCACUUUCGACUCCUCCUCCGGGUCACCGCUCGUCUUCUCCAAUAUCGCCUUCGGCUGCAACUCCCAGAGCAGCGGCGUCUUCAGCAGCCGCACCGCCGGGUUGGCAGGGCUCAGCGCCAGUCCCGUCUCUCUCGUCUCACAGAUCGUUCCCUCUCUCGACAAGAGUUACUUCUCUUAUUGCCUGGUUCCCAUGUCAGACACGCAGGCCAGCAGCAAAGUCAUCUUCGGCUCCGCCGGCAUGGUCGUCGGAAGCAAGGUCACCACCCUGAUGACGGUGGAAGAUUCCUUAUUUGCCCUCCGGCUAACAGAGAUCAUAGUCGACGGUGCCGGCUCGGUCCCAGUCCCAACUUCCGCCCCUGGAUUAAAGAAAGGCAACAUCAUCAUCGACUCCGGCACGACCGUAAACUACUUGCCCGCUGGCGUGCUCUCGAGUUUGGUGCGGCAGGUGUCGAGGGUGGUCAGCCUGCCCAAGGCUACUGAUCCGGACCGCCUUCUGCCGCUGUGCUUCAAGGUGACCGGCGAGUCCGACUGGCAGAAGUUACCGUUUAUCACGUUCAAGUUCGCCGGAGAGGCGUCGGUGAGGCUGAGCCCGACGAGCAUGUUCAUGGAGGAAGCAUAUCAGGUGGUUUGCCUCGCAGUGGCGGAUUCUGGCUCCGACACGCCGAUAUUUGGGAACGUGGCUCAGCAAAAUUUACACGUUGGGUACGAUCUCGAUAUUCCGGCAGUGUCCUUCGCUAGCGCCGAUUGCACCAAGUUUUAG